AUGGAUAUAUCUUCCACUGCCUCCGAUAACUUCAACAAUGAUACAUCCAGCGAAUCUGAUCUUCCAAUUAUCAUCGAUGAAAAGCCAUUUGCUGACAUCACAAAGAACGAACCAGACUUAAUAUCAUCAACUUCUUUUAUAUUAGGUACAGUGCUUGGCCUGUUUGUUGGUUUGUUUCCAGCCUUAAAAUUUAAAAGCAUAAAUUUUUAUAUCAUAGCACUAUGUUUAUUUCAUUUUUUGGAAUAUUAUAUAACAGCAAAAUAUAAUCCAGGAAAAGUUCAUUCUGAUUCAUUUUUAUUGUUUGGAAAUGGUAAAGAAUACAUCGGGGCACAUACAUUUGCUCUACUAGAGUGUCUGAUAGAAUAUACUUUAUGGCCCCAAUGCAAGAGAGUAGCAGGAAUACGGUUCUACAUUGCUGUCACUGGUGUAGUUCUAGCAUUAGUAGGCCAAUAUAUCAGAACGAUGGCAAUGAAGACUGCAGCACAAUCAUUUUCCCAUAUCCUUAAAAGGAAGAAAGAAAGAGAUCACAUUUUGGUAACUAAUGGAUUAUACGCUUAUUUCAGACAUCCUAGUUAUUUCGGAUUUUUCUGGUGGGCAAUUGGCCUUCAACUAGUGCUAUUAAAUCCAUUAUCAUUUUUCAUUUUUACUUUAGUAUUGUGGAGAUUUUUCAGUAAGAGAAUUCAAAUUGAAGAAGAAUAUUUAAUUUCUUUCUUUGGAAAUAAUUAUAUAAGUUACAAGAAAAAUACAAAAGUUUGGAUUCCAUUUAUCCAAUAA